UAAGCGACGAGGCCUGGCGAAGAUUUGAAAUCUCGGUUUCGCGAGGAAAAUGGCUCUUAACAAAGAGUCUAUGGAUUCCCAUUUUUCGUUCGUUCCAAAAGUUGUAAACGGCGGUAUCGCUGGGAUCGUUGGUGUAACAUGCGUUUUUCCAAUUGAUCUGGUUAAGACGAGAAUGCAAAAUCAACAAGAUGGCAAAAAGUUAUACAAAAAUGUUUUGGACUGUGCUGCAAAAACCUAUCGUGCUGAAGGAUUUUUUGGCAUGUACAGAGGAAGUGGUGUCAAUCUCCUUUUAAUUACACCAGAAAAAGCGAUUAAAUUAGUCGGCAAUGAUUUUUUUCGUUAUCAUUUAAAACCUGAGGGCAAACCUUUAACUCCAAUUCGUGAAAUGUUUGCUGGAGCUGGUGCAGGAACUUGUCAAAUUAUUAUCACUACACCAAUGGAAUUAUUGAAAAUUCAAUUACAAGAUGCUGGUCGAACAUCAAUUCCUGUAACUAACAGCAGUGGUACAGUAGUAGCGACACGACAGACUGCUACUCAAUUGGCCAUUAAAUUGGUUCGUGAAAAAGGAAUAUUUGGUUUAUAUCGUGGAAUGGGUGCUACAUUUUUACGUGAUGUUUCAUUUUCUAUGAUAUAUUUUCCAUUAUUUGCAAAUUUUAACGCUUUAGGUCCAAGAAGAUCUCCAAAUAGUGUAGAGGCUGUUUUCUAUUGGUCAUUUCUAUCAGGAUUUUUAUCAGGAACAAUAGCUGCAUUCAGUGUGACCCCGUUCGACGUUGUUAAGACUCGACUACAAACAAUUAAACAUAUCGAAGGAGAGAAAGUAUUCAAAGGAAUAACAGAUUGUUUUGUGCAAACAUUACGUAAUGAAGGUGUUCAUGGUCUAUUCAAAGGGGCUGGUUGUCGUGUUAUGGUUAUGGCACCAUUGUUUGGUAUAGCACAAACUGUGUAUUACCUUGGUGUUGCUGAACGAAUUUUUGGUUAUCCAAGAUAUUAAAACAAAAAUGAAUGAAAUAUACACAUACAAUCAUUCAUUUUCAAUUCAUAAAAAUGAAAUGAUGCUUUGAUGCCCUGCCGCCAAAUGUAUUCAUUCAUAUUUACUUCUAUUUUUUCACAGAGGAUAGGGGAACAGUAAGGAAAUAGUAAGUUACGCAAUGCUUUCUUUCUCUUUUUUUUUCUCUCUGGCAAUAAAUCAUUAUUAUUUUCUAUACACUUUUGUGAUAAGUAAUUUGUAUUGCUUUACCAAUAGAUAAUAAACCAUUAUGAUGUGUUUACUUCGGUUGAAUUCCAUAUUGAUAUUAUGUUUCCUUCUUUCAAUCCCUUUCUCAAUUAUUUUAUUAUUACCCCUCCUCUUGUUUUCAGAUACCAAAAGUGUACUCUUUGCUCCAAUUAACACGGGCGUUUUAUUAUUAAAUUAUAACUGUGAUUUUCUAUUUAGUUCAUCUUUGUAUAAUUAAAUUUCCUUAUACCUUGUCCGUAUACAUUCUAUGGACACACACGCACACACCUUUAUAUAUACUGAAUAUUGGUGAUAAAAAGUGAACGAAUCUCUGUUAUAUUUCCUCUUAAUUCUCUGAAAAAAUCUCUAGGCAACAUCCAUCUUUGUUUAUUAUUUAAUAAAAGCGGUUGUUUUUUAUUGUACAUAUGUCCUGAUUAAUUAAUGUAUCUAUUAUAUCAAUUUAUUACAUUAUCAUAUCUGACUAUGUAACUAGUUAUUAUCAUGUUAAUUAUUACCUUUAUUGUUUCGAUUAUAAAACAUUUCCCCUACUUUUCUUUUAUGUCUUUCUUCUCCCCCCUCUCUCUCUCACUCUCUGUCUCUCUUUCUUCAAGAUUAUAUUUUUAUAAAAUUUGACUGAGUUUCACCUUUUUAUUCUAUUUAUUUGUUAUUAUCAUUAUUCCGAAUAAAUUAUAUGUUUCCA